UUUCCCAAGUUUGGAGGAAGAGAUCACAAUGAACUGGAGAAGUCCAGAAGUCAAAACCAUCUAUCUGAACGUCUUUUUACGCGUCCACAAGUUUGCAGGGGAUCGAUCUAGCAAUUGAAGAUUUCGCAAGCAGACAGUCAGCAACUCGAUGAACUCCCUUGCUUUAGCUGGGAUCAUCGUCGGCGGCAUUGUUAUCAUCUUGGCCAUAAAAUUCCUCACCAGAUGGAUCGAGGUAAAACGAGAAUGGCAGGCGGAGCGCGCGCGGCUGCAGGCGGUGGCGGGCGCGCCAAUCCAGCCGGCCAAUGGUGCGUGCGUCGUGUCGUCGCCGGCGCCGCCUUAUCACGCUAACCGCGUCGUCGAGAUGGGUGCCGUGGACCGGUUCCUGGACGACAUCCUGCGCGAGAAGCCCGCGCGGUUCACGCCGGAGAACCUCCGCGAGUUCACCAGGAACUACGCGGAGCGCCUCGGCUCCGGCGGCUUCGGCGUGGUGUACCGCGGCGCGCUCCCGAACGGCGUGCAGGUGGCCGUGAAGAUUCUCAACAGCACGCUGGACCGGCGCGCCGAGGAGCAGUUCAUGGCGGAGGUGGGCACGGCGGGGCGCACCUACCACAUCAACCUCGUGCGCCUCUACGGCUUCUGCUUCGACGCCACGACCAAGGCGCUCGUGUACGAGUACCUCGAGAACAGCUCGCUCGACCGCGUGCUCUUCGAGCGCGAGCAGCACCGGGACGUCAUCGACGGCGGCGCCCUCGGGUUCGACACGCUCUACGGCAUCAUCGUCGGCACGGCGCGCGGGUUGAGGUACCUGCACGAGGAGUGCCAGCACCGGAUCAUCCACUACGACAUCAAGCCCGGCAACGUGCUCCUCACCGCCGACUACACCGCGAAGGUGGCGGACUUCGGGCUCGCCAGGCUCUGCAACCGCGACAACACCCACCUGACCAUGACCGGCGCGCGGGGCACGCCCGGGUACGCGGCGCCGGAGCUGUGGCUGCCGCUGCCGGUGACGCACAAGUGCGACGUGUACAGCUUCGGGAUGCUGGUGUUCGAGAUCCUCGGGAGGCGGCGCAACCUCGAGCCGCAGCACCCCGCCGUGAGCCAGGAGUGGUACCCCAAGUGGGUGUGGCAGCGGUUCGACCAGGGGAGGUUCGGCGACGUGAUGGCGGCGUCGGGGAUCCACGCCAAGGACAGGGACAAGGCGGAGAGGAUGUGCAAGGUGGCGCUCUGGUGCGUGCAGUACCAGCCGGAGGCGAGGCUGUCCAUGAGCAGCGUGGUCAGGAUGCUCGAAGGCGAGGAGGAGAUCGCGCGCCCCGUCAACCCGUUCACCUACAUGGCGAGCCUCCACACGAUUUCCUGCUCGAGCAGUGGAGGCAGCGCCGCCGCCUCCAGCUAUUCGUAGGAAUUUCGAGGCACGAGGGGACCCAUUGAUGAUCAGGGCAGGUGACACGCAUGUUUCUUUUGUUCGUCCGGUGCAUCGGUCUGGGUUCUUUGGGUUGUACUUAAGCUCAUGAUCCUGUUUUAUUAUACUCCAAUCUUGCAAUUCAAGAUUUGCAACUUUGAAAUUGUGCAGUGCUGUGUAAUUAAACUUCCAUUUGCAUCUUUUUUUAUCAAUUGAACUUCAGUACAGUGGUCACCUACAAAAAUGUGAACCCAACGUCUCCUCCUACGGGCUACGGCCCUACUGCAUUCAACGGCCAGGCCCGGUAGAACCUGGGCCAACCCACUAUGGUGUACGGCCCAGGAGAAUAAUACGUCUCCGUCCAGCGAGGCAGCGACUACGGUCUACGGAACAUUUUCAAGGCUUCCAGCCGCCGCCAUUCUCUUCGACGAUUUACCGCUCCAAACAUCAGCUUCGCCAAAUUGCCACGGGAAUCGUUGGCACCUUGUUUUUUCUUACCACUUGACUCUUUUACCCCUUAUCUCCUCUUUCUCCUUUGGCAUCUUCUCUGCCUGCCGUGGCCUUGCUCGCCGGCAACUGGCCCGAGCGCGACCUGCUGCUGGAGCCCGAGGGAGCCGUGCGGGGAGGCGAGGUGUGCAUGCUGGAGCCCCCGAUGCCGGCGGCCGAGGAUGGGCGUGGCUCCACCUACGCGCAUCGUCGCAUGAGCUGCUGCGCGAAUUGCCACCCACGCACGCAUCAUCCAACUGGUGCGGCUGCCGCAGAGCCGGCGCCGGCGGAGAGCACGCGGCCGCGGCCAUGGCGGCGCACGGCUGGACGGGGAGCAGUCGAAGGAAAGGCUGGAGCCCGCGAUAGGCUGACGGCGCUGCUAGCCGAGCUGAGGCUCAGUUGGGCGUCGCCACGUCCAGCAUCGCGAGCCCCGUCAGCGACGGUGGCGCUCGAACUUUGACCGCGGCCCUUAGGAAGCUCGACGCUGGCUGCUUCUUCAUGACGGCGCUUGUGGCGGCCGCACGAGGAGGCCGCGCCGACGUAUUCUCCUUCUCCCUUCGUCAAUGGAGUGGCCGUGUUGGUAGAGACGAGGAUGGGUGCCGGACUUCCGUCAGCGGGCAAAGGAAGAGGCCGAGGAGGUGGAGAAGAAGAAUCUGACAGGUGGGGUCAGGGGUAAAACAGUCGCCGUGGUUGGGUGAGCAAAGUAGCAAUGUUUCAAAUGGCAAAUAGGCGAAGCAAAUCUUUGGAGCGGUAAAUGAGCGAAGCCAGUUCUUUGAACUGGCAAAUCAGCAAAAAGCUCCUCUCCCCUCGAGGAGAAAACAUUCCUCACCCACCAAACUCCAAGACGCACACCACCCACAAGCCGAUGCGUCCGGGCCACAAGCUCACUACAAAUCGCGAGCCCACUUGUCAUCCACUGGCCCGGCUCGUGCGCCCAUUUCCCGUUCGGACUCCGGAGGUUACCAGAAUGAAUCCACGUACUCUGUCUCGCACGCUAG